AUGGAAGCAACAACAACAACCGAUGACGAUGCGCCAGGAAAGAAACAGACGACCGCGACUCCUAAAUCAAACGCGGAUUUUCGAAACUUUCUCCUUUCAAACGGGAGGAACGACGAGGAGAAGAACUUUGCGAAGAAUACUACGACGACGAGGACGACAAAAGAAGAAAAAGAUUUGCCUGAUGUUGGUGCUUUUCCAAAUCGAAAGAAGAAGAAGAAGAAGAAGGCGAACCAACUACAGGAAACGACGACAAAAACGCGACGCGAUGAAAAUAAUACGCAUAGAUAUCGAGAUCGAGCGAAAGAACGGAGAGAAAUGGAAGAAGAAGAUCAAGAUGAUGAUGAUGGUGAUGAAGGAAGAAGAGCGGAUAAUCAGCGCGAUAAGAGUAAUACUUUCGCGACGACGACGACGAGAGGAGGGGUGUUUGAACACGCUUUCGAGGAUGAGGACCGACUCACGACGAAAACGACGACGAUAAAUACAAAUAGCAAACGUUUGAUGGACAUUGAAAAGAGCAAAUACAUGGGCGGGGACGAGAAGACGACGCAUAAAGUGAAAGGAUUGGACUUUGCUCUGUUGAGGAAGAAGAGAGAGGAGUUGUUCGAGAUGAAAAAGGAAAACAUAGAGGAGGGCGACGACGACGAAGAAGAAGAAGAAGUAGUAGUAGACGAUGAAGACGACGCGAACAAUAAUAAUCCAUCGUCGUCCGUGUAUUCUUCUCUGUACGACGCGAAAUCGAACCUCGGGCGCAUCCUCGUUUCUAAAAUCGAGACCGCGCAAAAGCGAAACAAAGACGCGCUGACGAAGCGGACGAAAAUCCCACCGCUCUCGGGCGUUUCGUACCUGUACGACGUCAACAGUCGAACGCGAGAAGUGACGAGAACGAUCGAGAUGGAAACGAAACCUCGAGCGGAUAUCGAGGAAGAACGGAAAGCGCGACGAAGAGAGUUUGCGAAGAUUUCAAAAGACGAGGAAAAGAUUUUACGAGCGGUGGCAAAGGCAAUACGUGAGCCUCGCGGUACAAAAGAAGAGGAGAAAAAGAAUAGUCAUAACAUAGCAACAGAUAAUAGCAACGCGAGCGCGGAAGGAAAGAAAAUAGACACCAACAAUGCGGCGGCUGAUUCGGAUUCUGAGGAUAUUUUCGCAGACGUUGGCAAAGAUUACGACGCAAUCGCGGAACUGAAGAAAGAAGAGGAGCAAAAUGGCAAAAAAGAAGCAACGACGACAGCAGCAAAGAAAGAGUCGAGAACAAAGUUGUUCGACGGCGAAGCGCUGCUUGAGGAGUUCGAAACUGGACCGCGAAAAGCAGACGAAAACAUUAAAAAAAUGGACGAAGCGUACGAACGUAAGCGAUUGGAAGAACGCGCGGAGAUGGACGACGACGCGUACGGCGAGUACUAUCCUGGUUUUGACGCCGGAUUUGGCGGCGAGAUAGACGACGACGACGACGAUGGCGAUACCGACAGGGAUAAGGACAAAGAUAAAGAUACCGGCGAAGAAGAAAAAGGGAAGAAAGGGAAAAAGAAGAAAGAACUCACGGAAGCGCAAAAAAUGAAACAGAAAGAAAACGAAGCGUAUCAAGCCAUGCAGAAGCACAUGAAGGAGAAGUAUUCCGACAAGUACGACGCCGCGUUCGGGGUCGUCAAGAAAAAAGAGGACAACGAGAACAACGAAGCCGAGGACACAAAAACGGAGGAGGAGAAAGAAGGCGUCGCCGGCGGAAAACGCGCCAAGCGUCUUAAGAUCUGA